GUCAUAUCGUCGCUUCUUUCCUCUCUACGUUAUAGUGCAGCUGAAAAUGAGUCAUCUCAAAGGAACGACUUAGCUUCCGAGCCAUGUAGAAAUAUAUCCGAAACAUGUUCCGCCUGUCUGUAUGACGACAUCGAAUACAGAGUGACUGGCACAGUUGGAGGCUGUACAGUUACAGUCCGGCUUCUACUGUCUCUGUCCAUGGGCUGGACUCCAUGCGUCGGUGACGCUGCUGUGCUGCGGCCGUGUUUCUUCUGACAGACUGUGUCCAUCCGCACCGAUGCGCUUCAGGGGUUUUUUGUACGUUCUGUGGUUCGCGUACUGCGCGCCUCGGUUUAGUCACCAGGAGCCGUGGCAUCAGUCCGAUCAGCAGCCCGAGACUCCUGACUGGAGGAUGACGCUAAAGACUAUAAGGAAUGGAGUGCAUAAGAUUGAUAUGUACCUGAACGCUGCCCUCGACCUGCUGGGAGGAGCCGACGGCCUUUGUCACUAUGAGUGCAGAGAUGGAUCAAAGCCAGUUCCACGCUAUGGCUACAGACCUUCCCCACCAAAUGGAUGCGGAUCACCAGUGUUUGGAGUUCAUUUUGAUAUUGGAAUUCCCUCCAUGACAAAGUGCUGCAAUCAGCAUGACCGCUGCUAUGACUCCUGUGGUAUCAUGAAAAAUGACUGUGAUGAGGAGUUUCAGAACUGUCUUUCGAAAAUCUGCAGGGAUGUACAGAAAACGCUGGGUAUAUCAGAGACUGUGCAAGCUUGUGAAACAACAGUGGGGCUCUUAUUUGAUGCCGUCAUACAUUUAGGAUGUAAACCUUACCUGGAGAGUCAACGAGCUGCCUGUAUCUGCCAGUAUGAGGAAAAGAUUGACCUAUAGCCAGAACCAGUAGGGAAUUUGUUGCUGUAAUUAUUCUGAUGUAAACUUUCAAUGGCAAAUAGAACGAAUGUGUAUUUAAACAUAUUUUUGUUUAUUUAUAAACAGAAUGAAGACAAUUGUAGCUGUUUUCUUAAAUUCUGCCUUGAGAAAUAUGUUUUUCUUGCUAAUCAGUCAUGCAAGAUGUAAAAACUCCAGACAGACCAAUAUACCUAAUAUUUGAAGCUUUUUUAGUACACUUUUAAUAGUUUUCUACAUUUGAUGUAUGCAACAUGUUGCCAUGUAAACAGACAUGCAGCAUAUAUUUUAGGGCCAGCCAUACCAAGCUGAAAUAUUUAAUAUCUGCUGUUAGCAAUGCAUUUAUUGUAGAUUGCAUCAGUGUUCCCAAACCUUACAUAAUAAACAGUUGUACAGAAACAUA